ACUCCAAAGUAAAAUGAGCAUAACUUUAUACUCCCCUAUCGGAUUAAGGUAAAACUAGUUGCGUUGGAAAGAAGACUCAAAGCCCUUUCAUUUGGUAUAUGGUAGGCCCUCUAAAUCUUUAUUUACAAUAAGUUAUUGUCAAUGAAAAUUGAUCCAAGUUUAGACAUUCACCAAAACUUAAUCGAUAGAAGAGUUUUCAACUCGUCUUUGAGUUAGGGGAUUUUUUUGUGACCUCGAUUCAUAUUCAAAAGUAUUCACACACUAUAGGAUUGAUCAUCAUACAUAUAUUAACAAAUAAUCAUUGUGUUCGGGUCUAUACGCGUAGAAAAAGAUGGUUCAAACUUUAGCCGAAAGUGCAGGCUGUUACAGGUAACUUGCGCAAUGCUCUCAAGUUAGUCUUCCUUGAUCAACAUAUUAGUAAUCACCUGUGAGUCUACCUCAAUGUGAAUACUUGUAUAACCCUACUGCACACACAAGUUAAUCCCAAAAGUUUGCCGCCAACAGUUCAGCGUGGUUAUUGCUGAAGCAUUCAGCAGGAACUGAGAAAGCCAUCGCGAAAUCACCCUGCUCAUUUCUUACUAUGCCACCAAUGCCUCCUUUACCAGUGUUAUCCAUGUAGCUCCUGUCAGUGUUUACCUUAAAUCUUGUCGUUUUCAGGAGCUUUCCAUGUAACUAGAAGACAUCUCACCAUUGGGUUGAGCCUUUCUAUCUUAUCACAAGAGUUAAUCCAAGUACCAUCAAUCACUACACUAGGAAAAGAAUCACCCACAACAGCUUAGAUAUUCCCAAUAAUUUGUUUGACCAUUUGAUAUUGUGAAGCUUUCCUCUUAUCACCAUACCUGCAUCCAGCCCAACAUUACCAAAUUUCAGCUCAGUGAUUUUUAAUUUUUUUGUAAGCCUUUGAUAUUGAUUUCUCUUGCUUGUGUGACUCUUGGUUAUUUUGAAUCUUCAAGUACUCUUCAAUUUGAAAGGUAUUUCCAUAUGUAGCACCAUUAGCCUUUGAUCCAACUUGUCCUUCCAACAAUAGUUGCCUGAAUCAUCUUAUAGCAUACUAACUGCUUCCAAAAUUUGUUUUUUUUGAAAAGUGUUUUUUGUCAUUAUUACUUUCCAGCAAAAUACUUUUGAAUAGUGGCAAUUUUGGUUUGACUAAUCAAUUUGAAAAGUAAAUUUGUCAAUAUUAGAUCUGAAAAACAGCUUAUGCUACUACUGAUUUACUUUGAAAAACAGCUUUUGAAAAGCAGCCUCGCUUAAUCUGCGCUUUAUUUUGCUUUUUAUAACACUGAUUUAGACUGAAAAUCAGUUUCUGCUACUAUUCAAAAGUACCGUUAAUUAUCCUAAAAGCAGUCUAUAUAAAUUGAAAAUUACCUUUUGCUACUACUCAAAAAGUAUUUCCAAAAAAGCAGCCUAUAAUCAGCUUCUGCUACUCUUCAAAAGUACUUAUAUUUUCUCUAAAAACAGUCUAUAUUUAGCUGAAAAACAGCGUCUGCUGCUACUCAAAAGUUAUGUUGCUCAGACUUUUCAAAAUGUUGCAACACUUAUGUUGGAUCCUCCAAAAAUGAACUACUUUUGGAGUUUCUGUCACUCACCCGUCUGACAUUUCGAAAAGUCCUUGGAACAUAGUUCAAAAGUACUCUGUUUUCCCUAAAAGCAGAAAACUAUAAAACUGAAAAUCAGCUUUUGCUACUUCGCCAAAAUGCUUAUUUCUUCCACAAACGUGCGGCCAAACAUCUUUCGCUAAAACAGUUUUCUUUGAAAAUAGGCAGUGUUGACAUUUCAGAAGCUUCGGCCAAACAAGCUAUAAGACUUAUUUCCAUCUCCAUUUCUUCAUAUAUAUCAUGACAUAUUUGACCAUCUGCUUGUGAUCUGCAGGCAGCAAGAUCUGUAAUCAUCAAGAACAUGUUGGAUUCAGAUGAGUGCAAAGCUCCCUCAGAUCACACAAUAGUAUCAUUGCCGGAACUGAGCUACGAGGAGCUGGAUUCUCUACUGGAGUUUCUUUAUACCGGAGAAUUGCCUAAAGAAAAACUGGCCAAACAUGUCUAUGCAUUGUCUCUUGCAGCAGACAAGUAUGAAAUCCCAUUCUUGCUGACAUACUGUGAGUGCGAAACAUUGAGAUCCUUGAACACGGCAACUGCUCUUGAUAAUUUAGAGAUGCCAGAGACUCAUCCGAACCCGCAUAUAAAGCUAAAGGAGAUAGCCAUGAGUUUCAUCAUUGAACAUAUUAAAGACAUUGUCAAUACUCCUAGGUUUGAUGCACUUGCAGCUAAGUAUCCUCAUCUUGCUCUACAGAUUAUGAAGGAUACCUUCGCUGCGCCGAAUAAGAAAAGGAAACUCAGAAUUGGAGUUGGACGGAAAAGGAAACUCAGAUUUGGAGUUCGACCUCAUGUAUGAUAGGUGUGCAUUAUUUAUAUAAGAUCUAACUUAUAUACACUGGUAGGAAUGUUUUUGCGUUCAGUGUCAAUAUAAUUUAGACUACAGGUUACAUGUCUUAGACUUAUUUUUGGCAGUUAUUAUGUUUGCCUUUUUAGAUGGCCUAAUAGAAAUUUAACUCAUGGUCA